CAUCCACAAGAUAUUUCAGAUGACUCGGGACCAAUGACCGACUCUCGGCAUGCAAGAUGAACGGCCCUCUCCCCUCCACGCGGGCCUUUCUCGCCGACCUGCCUACUCUCCCUGCUGACUCAAAAGUCCGGUUUCUCGGCUGUGUCCAAACCUACCACGUCCGUACGGGCCAUCUAGUCCUGGAACACAACUACCCGCCCCGGAAAGCGUCCCAAGAGCCGCCCUCCGUGUCGGUGGACAUCAAUGCCAUCCUGGAGACGGUCACGUCGGAGGAACUGCGCGUCGGCGCGUGGGUGAAUGUGCUUGGGUAUGUGAGGAGGAGGAGGAGGAGGAGCAUCGCUGAGAAGAGAGAGACGGCUUCGUCGGUAUAUGUUGAGGCGGUGAUGCUUUUUGCGGCAGGCGCGGUGUCGUUGGGUGAGUAUGAGCGCAUUCUGCAGGAUUCGUUGGAGGUGGAGAGGAGGGUACGCAGGGUGGAUUGAUAUUUUUAUGAUUUAUUGAUCUUUUUUUCUUUCUUUUUCUUGCGUUGUGGGGCUUUUGGGAGGGAUGAAUGGUUGUUCUAUUCUAUGUGUGUAUACGCUAUGCUGCUGUAUUAUACCCCAUGUC